CAGCGUCAAUCCAAUUCACCGUCGUACAGCGAAGCUUUAUCCACCACCUCCUCUACUGGAUCUUUAAAAAGGAAACGCCUCACUCGAAGCGGUGGUGGUCAUAAAAACGACACGAAUACCACCACUGCUACUACUCGUCUUGCCUCAAACCGACCUCCUCUGAGUCCUAGUGAACCUGACUUUAGAGCGAAUAAAGUAGAUUCAACACAAAAAAAAUUGAGAAAACUAAAUAUAACACCAAGUAAGGAUCAUAAAAACUGUUCUGUUAUAUAUAUAUGUAUUCUAUCAGUGUAAAAGUUUGAGCGGGUAGAGUAGGGUAGGGUAUAGUCUGGGGGCGGGGGGGGGUGUACGGUGUGGGGAAAGGGAAAGCAAGAGAUACAGAGAAAUGGGGAGUGAGGAGGAAAGAAAGAGCUUCCAUCACUCAUGAAAAAAAAAUAAUGAAUGAUCGUAGACAAAAGCCCUUAUCGUAAUCUAUCCUUCAAGAUUGGAGAACAAGUAGAAGCCAUCAAGUUCAAUGGAGAUGCUAAGGAAUGGUAUUGUGCUCGAGUGGUGGAGAUAUUAAAUGAUAGCCAUAACGAGGAUGAAUUGUUAGUGUUUGUCCAUUAUGAAGGUUGGCCACCUGAUGAAGCCGAUUGGAUUAGUCCUACUUUAAUACGCAGUAUCAAAGCAAGCAAAAGCAAUCAAGACAAUGAGGAUGAGGAGUCAAUGCUUCGAUUUGGCCCAAGAGGACGUGAAAGUAGUCGAUCAUGGAAAGACUAUGCCAUUUUUUAUGAGUCAGAGUCAGGCGAAGAAGCAAGACAACAUACGGGUCUUGUUCAAGACAGACGCAUGACAUUGCAUUGUUGCCCUUGUCAUUCUCGCGAAACAGUUCACCCUGAAAGGCCCGAUCGAAUAACCUCUAUUUUACAGGCAUUUCACAGUAAUAGAAUGUUGAGAUACUUUAAACGAAUUCAUGCUCGAGAAUGUACCAGUAAAGAACUAUUACGUGUACAUCAAUAUUCACAUGUACGUAAUUAUUAUCCACUCCAGCAUGACGAUGAUGACGACAACAACAAUAACAAUCACACUGUAACAGCCAUCAUAAAAAAUGAACCUCCGUCUCCACCUCAAAAACCGUUGAAAAUCACAUCCAUUGCCGCUUUAUUAAACCCUGCACCCUCGCCUACAUCGACCACCCAACCUUCCUUUCCAACCCCACCCUCAGCACCCUAUCCUUUAAGACAUCACAGCACCCCCACCGUCAAACAGGAGACUGUGAAUACGAAACCUCCCAUGGUCACACGCGGUGUCAGUGGCGGUGUCGUCAUUGAAGCCGAUCAUGACCAUAUCAGAAAGCAACAGCGUCGAUUUUCUACAGCGGCUGCUGCGGCUGAUGCCUCUCAAUCCAAUCCUCAACCGAAUACCCCACCUGCGCUUGUCUGUAAAAUGACAUGUGGUGAGCUAGGUAUCGCUGUCGAUACUACCUUCCAUCCUCUGUAUAGUAGUUUGUCUGCUCGAGUCGCGGCAGGUGCAUUAUUGACACUGGUGGAACCUAUUGUGAAAGGACAAAUGAGAAAUGGAUUUGCACUCAUACGACCACCAGGUCACCAUGCAGAGGACGAUGCAGCGAUGGGAUUUUGCUUUUAUAAUAAUGUAGCGGUGGCUGUGGCUGACACUCUGGAAAAAUACUCUGCAACAAUCAAAAGGAUUCUCAUCAUUGAUUGGGAUAUACAUCAUGGAAAUGGUACCCAGAAAAUCUUUUAUGACAAUCCAAACGUAUUAUAUAUAUCCAUUCAUCGAUGGGAUAAGGGCCAGUUCUACCCAUUCAGUGGCGCACCUGACGAAUGUGGAGUAGGAGCAGGACUAGGAAAGAAUGUCAAUAUUGCAUUAAGUGCCUCUGAAGAUAAACCAAAACCCAUGGGCGAUACUGAGUUUGUAGCUGCCUUUUAUCAUUUUGUUAUACCCAUCGCUAAGCAAUUUCAACCGGAUAUGAUUUUUGUUUCUGCGGGAUUCGAUGCAGCCGAAGGACACCCUGAAAACCUGGGUGGUUAUAAUGUGACUCCUCGAGGUUACGCGAUCUUGACGAAAAUGGUGAAAGAUUUAGCAGAAGAUUUGUGUCAAGGCCGCUUGGUACUGACCUUGGAAGGCGGGUAUGAAUUACAACCUCUUGCUUACUCUUGUGCAGCUAGUGUUGCUCAGCUACUACUCCCCAACACAUUACCAGACCAUCAAAUCACAACCUUCAAACGCACUCUGAAUGCCGUCAAACCCAAUAUGGGCGCAGUAGAAAGCUUCAAGGAUAUCCUAAAUCAACAAAAGAAGUAUUGGACGUUUUCUGAAAAAGUACAAUCACCUGAAUUCAGAUUUAAUUUGCCUAGUGAUUGGCGUGCAACCGAUAGUAUAUCCACUAGACCACGACGUGAUCGAAAAACUGUAAAAACACCUAUUGUUGAAGGCUAUUAAGAAACAACCAAAAAAGAAAAGGGUCCGUUCCCCUUUGCAAUAGAAACAUCAUGUUCAUUUCAUCAAAUCAUGUUAUUUUUUAUAUCUUCAAUUCUUUUUUUUUUCUUCUUUUUGCUUUUAAGAUCAAUAAUCUUUUAAUACAUAUACAUACAUAUAAUAAUUAUAAUCCCCAUCUUUUAUAAAAAAAAUACUCACUUUCAACUAUUACGUAGAAUAUAUUUAAAAAUAGACGCAGGUAGAGGCAGAAUUCAAAAUUGUAUAUCUCCCCUCUUUCAUUGGCUAGAAAUAAAACUUGUCACAAUCUUUUCCUUGUCGUUGAAAAAAAUUGG